AGCGCUGCUACUUGGCCAAUUUCGGUUAGGGGUCCUACCGCGGAUAGAUAGAUAGCAUACCUCUUCUGCUGUCGUUGCUUCGGUUGAGCUUUUGGGCCCUCAGUGCGGAUUUGCGGCGUUCAGUCGGUUUCGUUACUUGACGUCGUUGAGAUCUCGCGAAACGUGGCACCGCGUCGCGAUUCGAACUUUGAUGCUAAGGGUUCUGAGUUGAGGGGUGACUUCGGCUUAAUUGGUGGAAGUUCUUGUUGUAAUGAUGCAAGACCAACUUCGGUAAACUCGAAACAGAAUAAUUAAAUUGAAACUGAAACAGGGAAGUGGCGUUAAUAAUGUAAAGGAGUGUCUUACUUAGUCGGUGCAUUAUUCACUGUCAGUUUGAAAAGCUCGGAGCAAGUGGAAGUGGAGAAAAAAUUUCAAAAGUGCUUAUCAGGCACCAGUUGGUCCGGUGAUAAGGGAUGACGGUGUUGUGUUGCUAGAUUGUUUCUAUAACGGUCUUUUCUUUCUUUUUGCUCCUACCCGUUCCUUGUUAGCCGCGUGUUGAUGAUUAUUACUUUAUAAUGGAGAAGAAGUGGUGAGAAGUUUCCUCAUUCUCCGGUGGAAAGAAUUCCGGAAAGUGAAUGGGAAGUUGGGUUUGAGUGAAAAGAAAAAUGAAUUAUUGGAUGAAGCUGAGAAUAUAAGUUGUGUUUCUGUGUCAAGUGAGGAAAAAAAAACAAGCGGAGGAAAGUGAGCAGCAGCUGUUCUUUGUGCAAGAAAAGGUAAAAAAUACGGCAAAGUAAAUCAGAGAAGUGGAAAGCGUGAAAAUUCGCUGCAAUUGCAAAACUCGUGAAAAGGAGGGAGGUGUUGAGGGUGGACCGGUUUGUGAGACUUAUUGCAGGACUUGGUUGCGGAAAGUAGCUCUAUCGCCACCAGCCUGGAUGAGUUUCAAUUGUGUACGUGUGCAAUAGGAAAUUGUAUCGUUGCUGGUGUUCAGUACUUUUUAUUUUCUCUCGUUGCUCUUGCCGCGUUGUUCAUGAUAAUAAAUGAAAUUUGAUGUCGUAUCAUCAAUCUUAAUCACUAAGAAAUUAUGGUUCUCGGACCGUGCUUGACGAGCUUCUGCGGAUCCAGCCGGGCAGACAUAAAUUUCGAUUAGACAAUUGGAGCUCUCUCAUGGGAGGCACUCCCAGGAAGCAAGUGUGAUUUAGUGAAUCCUCGCGCUCAGAAAAACCCAACCAUCUACACAGGAAGUGCUGUAGAUUCAUGAAUUCCUUCAGGAUAAUGCCGAGACAAUUAGCAUCACCUUAAUUGAAGUGAAAAUAGAUCACACUCGGGAAAAAGGGGGGAAACAGUACAACGAAUUGGAAGUUUUGACAGUUUUGUUUCUCGCGAUUCCAUAAAGUCUAGUUUGGAAAAACCGUUGAUGGUCCAGUUGUGUCAAAACAGAGGAAAUUCAUUUAAUCCUCCACGAAAAUUGGCUCCAAGAGAGAAGAGUAAGAGUUACCUACAUAUCAGCAGGAAAUAGUUUAUCAGUGGCGAGUGCGGUGCCCAAGAAGAAGAAAAAGAAGAUAACGAACGGAGUGAAAGUUGGAUAGAAAAGUUCAUUUUGCUCACCAACAUGAACACGUCACUCAACAUUAGCUUAUCGUCGGCGGUGCUGCUGGCGGUUGCAUUCUGGCUGACUCUUGUGAAAGACGUAUCAACGUUUCAGCCUGAUUUCGCAGAACCAAUAAUCAACAUAUCGGUGGCAAUCGGCCGGGAUGCCACGUUCACCUGUCACGUACGACAUCUGGGAGGCUACCGGGUCGGCUGGGUGAAGGCAAAUACCAAGGCGAUACAGGCCAUCCACGAACAGGUCAUCACCCACAAUCCCCGGGUCACGGUUUCGCAUGCGGACCUCAACACCUGGAAUCUGCACAUCAAAUCGGUGAUGGAGGAGGACCGGGGUGGAUACAUGUGCCAGCUGAACACCGAUCCGAUGAAGAGCCAGAUAGGCUACUUGGAUGUGGUAAUUCCACCGGAUUUCAUCACCGAAGACACCUCCUCGGACGUGAUCGUUCCCGAGGGAAGUUCCGUCAAACUCACCUGCCGAGCGAAAGGCUACCCGGAACCAGUUGUAACGUGGCGCCGUGAAGAUGGCACCGAAAUCGUACUGAAAGAUUCAGCCGGCACGAAACAGUUGGUGACUUCCUACCGAGGCGAGGUGCUGAAGCUAGUGAAAAUCUCACGCAGCGAGAUGGGCUCCUAUCUGUGUAUCGCUUCGAACGGAGUGCCACCGUCGGUGUCCAAGCGAAUAUCGCUGAGUAUUCACUUUCACCCGGUCAUCCAAGUGCCAAACCAACUGGUGGGAGCUCCACUUGGAACGGACGUGUCCAUCGAAUGUCUAGUGGAGGCAUCUCCGAAAUCUAUCAACUACUGGGUGAAGGACACAGGAGAAAUGAUUGUGUCAUCGCCCAAGUACCAGGUUCAGGACAUUCCCAAGUCACUGUACGAGACCAAGAUGACGAUGACGGUGCGAGCGAUCCAGAAAGAGGACAUGGGAUCGUAUCGGUGCAUCGCCAAGAACUCACUCGGCGAGGUGGACAGCAGCAUUCGAUUGUAUGAAAUCCCUCAACCGAAUCGUAAAGUCUACUCGCCAAAGUACGGCACGGAUCAAAACGAUAUCGUCAAGCCCGGCGGCAAUGGCGAUAAAUCGUCUAAACCCAAGUUGACCUAUCCGACGGACGACGAGGAACAGCAGUACGGAGGCUCUGCGGAAGAUUUCGAAGACAUGAUUGACUCCAUGCAGCCCCAUCAGCAUCACCAUCACCACUCCCAUCAACAGCAGCAUCCUUAUGGGAGCAGGCCAACGUCCAGGUCACCAUUCGGGUCCAUGGACCAUCCCAAUAGUAUCAAUGGCCGCAACGGCAAUGGGAAUGGCGGCGGGACCAGCAGUAAUAGCAACAAUAAAAAUUUGAUACCUCUGAUGAACGACAUCGCCACCAGGAAACCGUUCGUUAUUCCGCCAGGUCGAGCCGGGGACGGUAGUCUAGAAGGAAGCAAUGCGGCAGGCCAGCGGAUCACUACCGAGCUGCUGGGCCUCUGGCGAUCGGUGCUCGUCCUGCUGGGAACCAGUUGGUACGCGAUUCAUCGCCAACGGCACUAGCUUCCGGGUGCGGUGAAAUCGCUAGAAACGGUAGACUCUUAGACUCUAAUUCUCAUAGCGCACGGUGUGUCUGGUAGAAGGAUAUUAUUGCAAAAAAUGGGCAAUGCUGAAUCUUUCAAUGGAAAUGUAGGUUUUUUGCAGGUACUUAAUUCUGAGAAAAUUGAGCUCUUUGCAACAAUCAUGAUUCGCAGCACAUCAUGAGAGUUUGCUUAUCGCCUACUGAUGCACCUCAGAUUAGAUUGAUGGAUAACAAUGCAUGAUAAAUCCCAUCUAAACAAGCUGCAAUCUGGGGAACUAUCAAACACUUCUCAAUUCUAAGCUUGUGUUCCUUAGAGUACUUUAUGAAUGUAAUUAUAAUAAAAUGCGACUUUAAAUAUCUCAAGCUCGCUGCAGACAUAAAUUUCAAAUAUAAAUUAAUAAAAUUAAGAAAUAUUGAAUUACAUUAUGAAACGAAAUCGUUAACCAAAUAUAUCCAAAUUUUAUCAAAAUUCUUUCGAAAUUAAGUUUUUAUCAAGCUUGUGAGCAAUAAAACUGUCUUUUGCUGU